AUGAAGAUGCGCCUUCCGUUUCUAAAGAGGCACUCCAGAACUGCCUCUAAGGGAACCUCUGUUGCCUUGGUCCCGGCUCCCUCCAAGCAGGCACCCUCGCCUCUCGAUAUCCCAGAAAUCUUGGAGAUGAUCUUCUCUUUUGUCGACGAUCACACCCGCUUCAAGACGGUCGUCCUUGUCUGUCGCCAAUGGUGUUUUCUGAAUUGGCGUUUCGUCUGCAAGGAGGUGGUGUGGGAUGGAAGGUGGAAAUCCGAUAGUUUGACAACAACACUGGCCAAGAUACCCGGAUCUCAGCACAUUCGCUGGCAUAGCGAAGUCGGUCAUGACCAGGAAUCGCAGUGGGAUCGACUCAUGAAGGUCCUCAAGUCAAACCACGAGCACUACCUCAAACGACAACAGCAACCGCAGGGAGAGGCCUCGACAAAACGACUGUCGACGGAUGGACGACGAGAUGAUGGAUCCUGGUUCAUGAGGAGGAGACCCCUGUUCGACGGACCGCUUCAGAAGCUGGACAUAUGCGGUGCCCAUUUUGUCGACGGCCAGAUCCACGACUUUUUGCCUUUUGCCCAUUGGCUCACCAGUCUUUCCUUUCAAUUGGGCCAGAGCUGCGAGUUCAACAUGUCGUCGCUUUUCAACGCCUGUCCUGGACUGGAGGAGCUCCGUGCAGAGACGGAUGAAGGAGCUUUCUAUCUCCCCGGACAAUGGAUCCCUCUUGAGGCGUCCAAGCCAUUAGUUCUUCGAUCAUUGUUACUGAGGAACGCCCACUUUUCUCAGUCUAGUCUCGAGGACCUCUUGGUUGUCACACCACGCCUCGAGGAGCUCAAGUUGAUCAACCUGGCGAGAGGGAACGGAUGUUAUCCGGAGGAGGGUCAAGUUACGUCAAAGUACCACUGGAACAGCCUAUUUCAGCACAUCCGGGCUCUCCCACUCCGGCUGCGCUCUGUCCACUUUUCUGUCCGUGAUGAAAUCAUGACACAGGCCGAUCUGCGGAGUAUGCUGUUCGAUGUCUGCCCACGGUCGACCGAGUGGACACUCUGGGCAAGCGACUUGAAGCCGAUGAUCGUGCAGAGCUUGAACGAGCUGCCGAACCAAAUCACAAGUCUUGACCUUUACUGGCACGACCGGUCAGGUUGUCUCUCGGGUGAUGCUCUCCACCACUUUCUCUGCAACUCUCCGCACCUUUUACACCUCAGGACGUUCAACGUCGGAUUUGAUUUCAAGCGGAUGGAUGUCCACAACCGAGCGGGAUUACGUUACUCCGAUAACUCCGAGGAUCGGCCCACUACAGCCGCCACCACUACCUUGGCGACAUUACCUUCAGGAACAGCAGGAUCAAGAAACGAUGCAGUGGAAGUACGUCCACAAGUCUGGAAGUGCCGCAACCUCAGGACGUUGUACAUUGAGCUUCAUGGCCACGGCGACGAAAUGAUCAAGGACCCGGUACAUUCGAGGAUAGUCUUUGGAUACAUUGCCGCAGUGUGUCCUCAGCUACGCGAUCUCCACAUCAAGGUCCCCUGGACGUGUCGGUCUAACAACGAGGUGUACCAUCCAGCCAUCUGCCUUCGACUCGAGGGAGGUCUCUGUCAUUUGGCGAAGCUGCAGCACUUGUCGCGAUUGAGAUUCCAGGAUUGGACGUUUGGGACAAGCAGAUACGAUUUGAACUGGAUGGUGUCGUCGGGUCAGAAUCUUCGAUACCGGAGGAAGAGGCAGGAGGUGAUGGCACAAUGGGAGCCUUGGCUAAAGGAGGAAGCCGAGCAGGAAGGGAAUAUGAUACAGGUACAGUCUAGGUUGUAUCGUGACGAUUGCGAGUUGCAGAGCGAGCUUUUGGAUCUGGGGUUGUUGAGGGCGGUUAAGGCGAGAAUGGAGGAGAUUGAUAGGGAUGGAGAUGGAGAUGGGUUCCGGUGUUGGCCUGAGAUGCAGGGAGUGUCGUUGAGUGGCAAGUUUGAGCAGCGGCCGCUGGAUGAGCUCAGUUGCCUUUUCCCAUCAAAACGCCUUUCUAUCUUCUAA